UUCAGUUAUAAAUUCAAGAUGGCAGCCUCCAUGGCAAAGUUUUUACAAAAACUUGGAGGUGGACUGGGUCUGGUAACCAGGAGAUACCAAAGUAAUAAUGGUGUGUCCAAUUUAUGGAAACUUGGAAAGCUGAACCAUGUAGCUAUUGCUGUUCCUGAUCUAGAAAAGGCAGCCAGUAUGUACAGGGAUGUACUGGGAGCAACAGUCAGUGAAACUGUGCCCCUGCCAGACCAUGGUGUCUACACUAUCUUCAUUGAGCUAGGUAAUACCAAACUAGAGCUCCUGCACCCUCUGGGAGAUGACAGUCCCAUUCAGGGUUUCCUGGAUAAGAAGCCAGAGGGCGGUAUGCAUCAUAUUUGUAUCGAGGUGGAUAACAUAGAGGAAGCAGUGAAGACGGUGAAAGAGAACAACAUCAGACCUCUGGGAAAGAAGCCCCGUAUCGGCGCCCAUGGCAAACCGGUCAUGUUCCUGCACCCCAAGGACUGCGGAGGAGUCCUCAUAGAAUUGGAGGAGCAGUAGAGACUGUCAACAUCUUGUGAUGCUAUGCCUUCCAAAUCCAGGAUUAUCAAGAUUGUGUUGCCUACACCAGGAGGGCAGGAGACCCAUCAAUAAGGACCUAAAAGGGAGAUCAUCUCAGGAGACAGAUGUCACAUAAGAUUCACAGCCCAGGGGGUAUUUCACAAAGAUCCUAACUUAACUCUAAG